UCGCAAGCGGAGCAGCAACACUGCGCUUCCUUCACCGAGACUCUUCGUUCCUGCUGCUUUACAGGCGGCAGAGUGGCAGCUACAGAUAACGACUUGACACCAUGAGCGUGUGGCGGAGUUUUAACGACCACGCUGAUAAAGAUCGCGGGGGCUCCGCUCAGGUUUCCAUUUCAAAUCUGUCGGUUUCUUGGUUUGUCACAGACUAGCAGCAGCAGCAGCAGCAGCUGGCCGCAGCGCACUGAGCCUUCAUGGGUUCAUUAACCGGCCUAAUAAUGCAGACUACAAAUCUGUUUAUGGUUAUUAUUCUUCAAGCUCUCUGUAAAGCAUCUGGCGUAUCAGGACUGGAAAAGUGUGACGUUUUUCCAAGCAACCAACUGAUCAAAUAUGGGUUGGACCUUCGGGUCUCAUUCCGAGCUCCACCUAAGAGUGACUGCCGUAAAAUUACCAGUUUUAAUACCAACAGAUUGUACUGGACGCUGAACAAUCAGACGAUCGCAAAGAGCUUUUAUCAUUCCAACUCCACCUUUGCCUCUGUCUUCAUUCAGGAUUUCACUUUGGCAGUCGGGAUAGUUGAAUGCCAUUUGGAUGAUAUUGUGUUAGGUGGUACGGUCAUACGGACGUACUUGGAUCCUGAGAAUGUGUCCUGUAUCGCUGAAACACUGCAUAAUUGUUUUUUAUGCAUCCGUUUGACCUGCAAAUGGGAUCAUAACCAAAACGGUGUGAACACAAACUACAUGGUCCAUGUGAAACAGAAGGGUAAUGAGUCACUCUGCCAAUCCAGAGAAAUAAAAUGGUGCACAUUCUCGGAGGAAGAGGGUCCAAAAGUUGGUGGAGAGAUAAAUGUAACUGUGACGGCUCAAACUUCAGCUGGAGAAGCUCACUCGGAGAAAGUUACCUAUGAUAGUAUUUGGGAUAUAGUAAAACUAGAUAAACCAAGAGAUGUGCAAGUGAAACCGGAGCUGUCUGCUCUCAGUGUGACGUGGCGGAGUAACAACUGGGCUCUGGCUUACACUGUCUGUGAAGUGCGCUUCCUUGAAAAAGGCUCUGAGCCUGUGGUGAGAACCGUGGAGAAAACCUCAAGUAGUACUUUUGACCUGACUGAGGUGAAACCAUGUACAAGCUACUCUGUCUCAGUGCGCUGUAGGAUUGAUGUCUGGAGCGAGUGGAGUCAGGCUGUAACACACUUCACCUCUAUCAAUGUCAGUAAUGUACAGCUCCAUCUUUGGAGAUCUGAAGGUGUGGUGUAUGCCAAGGGGAAGAGGGCAAUGCACCUUAUGUGGAAGGGAAUCAAUCCAUUAUGUAAGGUGUUUGAUGAGUAUCGUCUCUUUAACCGGACGCAUAAUUUAGUUACGUCAAAAAGUUUUAAGCCAUCUGAGAAUCAUACAGUUGUUAUUUUAGACGAAAAUGCACACAGCGUCACUGUGGCUGCAUACCGUAAUAACCAAAGCCUCAGUGAAGCGUCCAUGGAAAUUCCUUCCGCAGCAGAAGAGUUCAAUUUACCUCCAGUUGAUAAUGUCAACAUGUUUGCUCGGGAUGGUCAAAUCCACAUUACGUGGGACAAGCUCUACCUCACUGUCACUGGCUACAUAGUCAUCUGGAACAGUACUGAAGAAGACCACCAGUGGCAACAAACUCAAGAAAGACAUUUCUCUCUAGAAGGAGAGAACUUCACACUGUACACCGUAUCUCUGAUGCCGCUCUAUGAAAAUGGCCCUGGAAGUGAAAUCAGACUUCAUGCUUACGCUCGAGAAGGAGUGCCAGCUGUUGUGUCUAAUGUCGAAGCAGAGAGGAUCUGUGACAGGAAGGCUGAGAUCCACUGGCGGCCAAUUUUGUCCACUCAGUGCUGUGCAUUUGUUGUGAGCUACACAGUGUUUUAUAAAGCACAAAAUGACAUGGCAUUCAGGAAUGUGACUGUGGACCAAAAGGAAAACGGUGUCAUUUUGGAUGAUCUGCAGCCCAAAACAAACUACAUUGUCUAUGUCCAGGCCAGUUCAAUGGCUGCUUCUUCGAAUAGCAGUUUUUACACAUUCUCAACAAAGCCAUAUGGGGAAGUCUUCCUUAUUAUGCUGAUCGUGUGCGGUGUUGGACUGAUGUUGCUGCCUGUGUGUACUGUGCUUGUCGUGUUGAUACGAAAAGAAUACCUGAAUGAAAAGGUUCCUAAUCCCAGAUUUAGUUCUCUGACUAUAUGGUCUUCACAGAAAUGUAGAAAUCCCUGGAACCAAUUACCAGUGCCCUGGGCCUGUGACUCUGAGAAAAGUCUCACAUGGCAAGUGGAAGCGGAGGACUACAGCAUUUUAGCAACAAGUAUAAGAGAUGUGGCUAAGCUGCAACAAAACACUGCAACACAGGAAACGACACCAACAACACACACAGAAAACACUGCUCUGGUCAGCUCUUCCAGUGAAACGGAACUGGCAUCACGUGGCAAAGAGGAAAGAAUAAAGCCUUUGUCGGAAAUGGAUCUCGAGACAGCUCAAAUCCAUCCUGUGUUCCUAAGUCGAUCUCCAUACAAAAACCAGACUCCUCUGACCAGCCCUGUGGACUCACCCAGGAAAGGUUUGCAAGGAACCACAAAACCUCGUUCUUCAGAGGAAACCGAGACACUGCUAAAACCAAAGCACGACAGUGCAACCAUGGUUACCACGUACGUGACAGUGGACAUGUUUGAACAUGGUAAAAGAAAGUGAGGUGCACCUUGAAUGGUUUGAUGUAAUGGACAGCAUUCUGGCUUAAUUCCUGGGAAGGAUUAGGAUUGUGAUAAUGCUGUGGAGUGUAAUAUGUAUAGCUGAAACUGUGAAAUAUAAUUUGAGUUGCCAAAGUGUAACCUACUUGUAAAUCAACUUUCUUUUUUUUUUAUUUUACAUGAAUAGAUCUCCAGGAUAAGAGUUGGUAACUAUCUUAAGAGUAUAUUUCCAGCCUGUUCCAGCUAAUGUCUUUCUUUAGAACGUCUUGAUUGACUGGAUCCGAUGCAUCAGUGUUAGGUAAAGGUGGGCUGCAUGGCUGGAACUAAACUCUGCAGGAAAGAUCUCCAGAAGGAGGCUUAGUAACCACUGUUCUGCACAAAACUAGCUGUCCUCUGAAACACUGUAUUAGUUAUCUGCACUCUACUUAAAUAUAACUGAAUUUUCUAUAUUAAGCAUAACCCUGGCUGUUGCCCCAGAAUUGUAUCAUUUAUAUGCAUCUGUCUUGGAGAGAAUGGAAAGGGCAUUUUAAUGAAUACAGCAUCUUACUGAGUUGUGCAACAGUCUCUGAGGUACUUACCCUAAUGUAUCAAUGCACUUGAGGGCAAGAAGGAUGAUUUUGAUAAAUGAGAUUUUAUUUCCCAUAAGGUUAUUGAGCGAUAAGUGAUAUCAGGAUUGGAUACAUGUGAAAAGGCAUGCAUUAAAAGGUGUCCUAAUAUGUCACAGA